GCACGCGCACGCACACGUACACGGAGUCGGCGCGCUUGAGCAGCAUCUACUUCAGAGCGAUCUUUUUCCUCGAUUCUAGUAUUGGGAGUUAAAAUGCCUGGGAAGAAAGCUGGGAAGAGACCGAGUCCAACGGAGGACUCCAAGGCCCCCAAGAAAGUGAAAGUGACCCACAGUAGUCAUGGCACAGAGAAAGGACUGGUGCUUGUCCUGGGCCAGGGGGACGUGGGACAGCUGGGUCUGGGCGAGGAUGUGAUGGAGAGGAAGAAACCAGCUCUGGUGACCUUCCCAGAGCCAGUGGUGCAGGCCGUGGCGGGAGGCAUGCACACUGUGUGCCUUAGUGACUCGGGCAACGUUUACACGUUUGGCUGCAAUGAUGAAGGGGCUCUGGGCCGUGACACGAUGGAAGAGGGUUCUGAGAUGAGACCCGGGAAGGUGGAGCUUGCAGAGAAAGUGGUCCAGGUGUCAGCAGGUGACAGUCACACGGCAGCCCUCACUGAGGAGGGGGCUGUCUACGUCUGGGGUUCUUUCAGGGACAACAAUGGAGUGAUUGGUCUACUGGAACCCAUGAAAAAGUGCACUUUACCUGUAAAGGUUCCCUUGGUGGAACCUGUGGUUAAAAUAGCUUCAGGCAAUGACCACCUGAUGAUCCUGACGCUGAGCGGAGAUUUGUAUAGCUCGGGCUGUGGGGACCAAGGGCAGCUUGGAAGGGUACCAGAGCGCUUUGCCAACAGGGGUGGGCGGAAAGGUCUGGAGCGGUUGCUGGUACCUCAGAUGGUCCCAGUUCGGUCACGAGGUAAAGUGCGUUUUACUGAUGUCUUCUGCGGUGCAUAUUUCACCUUUGCUGUGUCUAGAGAGGGGCAUGUUUACGGCUUUGGACUCUCCAACUACCACCAAUUAGGAACUGCUGCCACUACAACUUGCUUUGCUCCCAUUAAGCUCACAGCUUUUAAGAACUCCACAACCUCCUGGGUGGGCUUUUCAGGGGGCCAACACCACACGGUUUGCCUAGACUCUGAAGGCCAGGUGUACAGCCUGGGUCGGGCAGAGUACGGACGGCUGGGUCUGGGGCAAGGAACAGAAGAAAAGAGUGAACCCACACGAAUCUCCGGCAUGGACGGGGUACAGUCUGUGGCCUGUGGUGCAUCGGUCAGCUAUGCUGUCACUAAGCAAGGGUCAGCAUAUGCUUGGGGCAUGGGGACCAACCUGCAGCUUGGCACAGGGGAGGAAGAUGAUGAGUGGAGCCCAGUGGAAAUGACCGGCAAGCAGCUGCAGAACCGCAAAGUUCUGUCUGUGUCCAGUGGAGGGCAGCACACAGUUCUGCUGGUCAAAGAUUAUCAGGACAGCUGAUAGGGAGAAGAGCUGCUUGUUUCUCAUUUAUAUGAUGAUCGUGACUAAGUUUGCUUGGGUUGCUGUGGAGUAGGUGGUGGUGGAGGGGGGGUUCUAAAGACUUUCUGUGCUGAGCCAAACCAUCCCUGAAAUGGGAGGGGGGAGAUGUUUGAGGGUCUGGGUGACAGAUGCUGUUUGGGUCUUACCCACAGAGCCAUACAUUUUGCUGGAGGAGACUGAUUGUGAGAACAAAAUCAGAAUCAACAAACUGAAAUUAUUUUUUUAAACUUGUUUGAAAUAGAUUUUUUUUUUUUUUUUUUUUGUUUCCUAGUUCUCUUUUUAAUGAUCUUUAGUAUUACAUUCAGGGAUGCUAUUGUUGACUUAUGUGCAGAAAUUCAACUGCCUUUUAAGGAAUUAUGUUUGAAGACUUUUAAAAUUUGGUCAAAGCAAUAAAAACAAAUGUAGAGACCAUCUCUGAAAAGGUGUUAAUAAACAUGUAACUUGUUAGUUACUACAAUCAGGGCAAUACAAAGUGCUAGACCUGGGCUGUCCUGACACUUACUUAGGCAGAGAAAUUCUAUCUGUUUUUGCCUGUGGCUUUGUUUUGCUUUGUUAAACUUUCUAGCCAGUUAGCAUUGUGAUUCUUGUACUCUGAAUUCACAUACUGGA